AAAGCGAAAGGACCAAGAUGGCGGCGGCGCGGGGCGCUGAGCGGUAUCUCUUAUCUCAGCGGCCGGCGGCACCUGCGAGGGCCUGGCGGGGCUGAGCCCGCCCCACAGGAGCCUGGGCAGCGUCGAGACCCGGACACGCCGCUCUCUGCCCGGGGCCGGGCGAUGCCGCGUUAACCCGCCCGCCCGGCCGGUCUGUGCGGGGGCAGGCUCGGGGAGCGCCGCCGGGGCGCAUUCCUCCCCUGGGGCACAGAGCUGGGUCUGCUUAGGCUCGUCAGCACCGCGAUGGCCGCAUAAACCGGCCCCCGCCCGCGCGCUGCCCUGCCCGGGGCUGCUGCUGAGCUCCGCCGGGAGGCGCGGUUCCCACGCGCUCGUAGAGGUUCGUGCCCCUGGGAAGGCGGGGGACGAGGAAGAUGUUCUCGGCCCUGAAGAAACUCGUGGGCUCGGACCAGGCUCCCGUCCGCGAUAAGAACAUCCCCGCGGGGCUGCAGUCUAUGAACCAGGCUCUGCAGAGGAGGUUUGCCAAGGGAGUCCAGUAUAACAUGAAAAUUGUAAUCCGAGGGGACAGGAACACAGGGAAAACCACACUCUGGCACCGACUCCAGGGGAAGAAGUUUGUUGAGGAAUAUAUUCCUACUCAGGAGAUCCAAGUCACCAGCAUCCACUGGAACUAUAAAACCACUGAUGAUAUCGUAAAGGUUGAAGUCUGGGACGUAGUUGACAAAGGAAAAUGCAAAAAACGUGGAGAUGGUUUGAAACUGGAGAACGACCCUCAGGAGGCAGAGUCAGAGAUGGCUCUGGAUGCGGAGUUUCUUGAUGUGUAUAAAAACUGCAAUGGAGUAGUGAUGAUGUUCGACAUCACCAAGCAGUGGACAUUUAACUACAUAUUGAGGGAGCUUCCUAAAGUGCCCACCCAUGUUCCAGUGUGUGUGCUUGGGAAUUACCGUGAUAUGGGAGAGCACAGGGUCAUCCUGCCAGAUGACAUGCGGGCGUUCAUUGAUAAUCUGAACAGACCUCCUGGCUCGUCUUAUUUUCGAUAUGCUGAAUCUUCCAUGAAGAACAGUUUUGGCCUCAAGUACCUGCACAAAUUCUUCAACAUCCCAUUCUUGCAACUGCAGAGGGAGACAUUGCUACGGCAGCUGGAGACGAAUCAGCUAGAUAUUGACGCAACGUUGGAAGAGCUCUCAGUGCAGCAGGAGACAGAGGACCAAAACUACGAAAUCUUCCUUGAAAUGAUGGAAUCCCGAAGUCGAGGACACGCGUCCCCAAUGGCGACUAAUGGACAGAGUCCUUCCUCUGGCUCCCAGUCACCCAUAGUACCUCCCAGCUGCACGUCAGAUAGUUCCAGUCCUGGUACCCCCCAGCCACCACCACCACCUCAGCAGCCACCUGCCAACGCAACAUCCCCUGAGCCUCCAUCCUCCUUGUCACCAGUGCCUCCACUAGAGGCUCAGCUACCGCACACAUCGUCCCCAGCUACAGCCUCCCCAACAAUGCCUGUUGUAGUCCCACUGCAAAAGCGCAGCAUUAUCUCCCGCCUCUUUGGAACUUCUCCGGCACCAGAGACGUCUCCUCCCGCGCCAGAUGCUGCUACUAUUCCCCCCAGUGAAGUCCCUGCAAAAGUGCAGAGUGUGGAGGACUUUAUUCCCGAUGACAGCCUGGACCACAGCUUUCUGGAAGAUACGAUCUCUCAGAGAGACAAGGGGAUAACUAGGACUAAGGACCACAAUGAAAGUGAUAGUGAUGGAGAGGCUCUCGGAGGGAAUCCUAUGGUAGCCGGUUUCCAAGAUGAUCUGGAUCUAGAUGACAAAGUGCCCAGUAAACCCUCAUUGGCAGCAGAACUUGUACCAAGCAAAAAUAUCACUUUGUCAAGUGAGGAGGAGGCGGAAAUGGAGGAUGCUGUGGUCACCAUCAUGGCUGAUGAAGACAUUGACAUGGACUACGAGACACAAUGGUCUUCCAAAAAUUCAAUGAAACCACAAAAGGAAGCAGCUUCCACCAAAGCACCUGACCAGAAGCCUCAAGGCAGCUUGCCUCCGCAUUCUGGAUUUGAGAAACACGGCAGCACAAAGCUCCCCACAGAUCUGCCAGCCACUGGAGCUGCUGCUCCUACAGAUACAGCAUCAGUCCAGGCACAACGGACCACUUCCCAGAACAAGGGCUCAGCUUCCAAACUGAAGGGGAGCAAAGAAGAAAUGCCUGAGGAGUCUGACAGUGAUCAGGAGGGACCGAUAGCCACCCAGAUGCUCUCAUUUGUGAUGGAUGACCCGGACUUUGAAAGCGAGGAGUCUGAUAGCCAAAGGAAGAAAGUGGGUGAAUUCCCAGUCCGAGAAGACCCCUCUGACAUCUCUGAUGAAGACACCUCGUUAGCAAAGCCUCCACAGCCCAUGAAGCCUACAGUCCACUCCUUCAAGCUGAAAAAUGACUCUGAUCUCUUUGGCUUGGGUUUGGAAGAAACAGGCCCCAAAGAGAGCAGUGAUGAAGAUAAAGAGAAACAUCCUUCCAAGGAGAAAAAGAAGAAGAAAAAGAAGAGCAAAGAGGAAGAAGAGAAGUCUAUGAAGAAGAAAAGCAAACACAAGAAGUGCAAGGAGAAGGAGGAGAGCAAAGAUGAGAAGAAGAAAAAGAAAAAAAGAAGCAAGGAGAAAAACGAUGAGAUAGAUGAACUGGAGGCCUUUCUGGGAGGAGGAGCCAGCGCCAGCAAGCAGCAAGGGGGCGGGGACUACGAGGAGCUGUAGGCCUGCAAUGUGUACAAUCAGCGGACUCCAUUGGUGGCUGCCACCAACUCUCCAUAUGAGCCACGCCAGGACGGGUACAGAUGUGUAAAGCUUUGGCUGUCUGCCAUAAGUACUAUCGAAACAGAGAUGGUGGAACAAAAAAGCUUUACAUCUGUGUGUGCUGUUCUGGUGCAGUCAUUGUGUGGAAGGAAAACACAGCCGUGGUAUACUUGAGGAAGGUUUAAAGGUUAAAGGUCACAGUAUGGUAUCGUGGCAAUGAGUUAUCAUUUCCCCCUACCAAUGUCUAGCCCUCUUUCCUUUUUCCAGAGAGUUCCAAUCUGGUAGUUGGCAUGGUGUGGGGAGGGAAAGGUGAGUGGACCUGCUCCCACCCCCACCAUAUUCCACUGCUGCACCCCUGAAAUUCCUGUUUUAAUAAAUAAGUGAAUGCAGCAAAACAUGCCAUCUGAAUGCAUCGUGCUGUCACCUUGUGAAUAAUCAAGUCUUUAAAUUUUUAUCCUUCCUAUUUUUUUAAUGAGAAAGGUGUUAUUGGCCGUUGCCCCAUAAGGCAAUCGACAAGCUUUAAAUUAGCAGAAUGUCGUCUUGUACAGCUCUUAAUGAAGCAGCUGCAGGGCCUGAAAUAAAGUGAGUAUAAUUUGGGGAUAUUUCUGCACAGCAGCAUAAUUAACUCUCGGGGGUGCUGCUUUUGGAAUCCAUGUAGCCUCAUUGAUUCCCAUGGCCCCAUUGUCUCUGGCACUACAUGUAAGCCGCUGUGCAGUUGGGAAGACAAUGCAAAGUUAUCUUUUCCAAAAGAAACUAAAUUGACACUUUCCCUUAAACACCCCUUGACACCCCGGCCUUCAAUUUGAAUACACUAGCAAUUCAGCCCUACAGCACCUCUCAGGGACAUGACUGCCGAAUGGAAAUGGAGUUCACAGAAAUGCAUUAGCAUGGCAAGGCGGCCGCUUCUCAGGGCAUGCUGUAAAACAAAGGCUGCCUCUGCACUUAGACAGGGGAGAGUGUCCCUCAACUUCUGCAGACACUGAAAGCCAGGUUUACUAGGCCACCUAGCAGUUAGUGCAGGGCACUUCCUUGCCCAGAGUAGAGUGCAGAACCUCCUCUUGUCACAUGAGCUUUGAAAGCCUUUUAAUUUUGGCUCUGAUAUCAAAGAACCAUGGAUCAGCGUAUGCUCAGCGGCAUAGGUCAUGGAUGGUUAUUGACACCUUUGCCCUGCCAUUCAUGCCUUCCACUGUCUUGGUGAGUGCCCCCCCUCCAUCUGAGUGGCCCCCCUCCCCACACACACAUCUUUAAAGGGUCUGUUAAUAUUCAAAAACAACGAGGAGUCCAGUGGCACCUUAAAGACUAACAGAUCUAUUGGGCAUAAGCUUUCAUGGGUAAAAAUCCCACUUGUUCAGUUGCAUUUGAAGAAGUGGGUUUUUUACCUAUGAAAGCUUAUGCCCAAAUAAAUCGGUUAGUCUUUAAGGUGCCACUGGACUCCUCGUUGUUUUUGUGGAUGCAGACUAACACAGCUACCCCCUGAUCCUUGUUAAUACUCAGUACCCUAUUGUGUUGUAUUCCCUCUGAGGCUCAGCCCUGGGAAGCCCAUUCACAUUUUUGUGCAUUUAUUAAAUAGCCCUAUUGCGUGUGGGUUGUUUUUAUCUUUUUAGUUGUGAAAGGUGGACCAUCUGAAGGAAACUAGAUGAAAUCCAAACUCGGGUUUCCUUCCACUUCCCCAAUCAGUGGGAUACUGCUUUGGAUCCAUCCUCCACUUCAGAGUUGCCUUGAACUAUAGACCGUUGCUCCAUUUUUUUCCCUGAGAAAUGCACUUGUAACUUUCUAUAUACAACAAACUGGGGUCUUGCUGCAUGAGCGGAGUAUCAUUUCAGGUACGUUUUCCAUUAGCAGUUGCCUGGUCAAAGCGUUUUGUUUCAUGUGACACUUUGGAGAAUUUGCAUGGGACAUUUCAAACUUCACACACUAGGGAGGAAUACCAGAUUGCAAACCAGUUUGCAGCCUCUGCUCCAAAAAGGAAACAAGACAUUUGUGCUACAGCUGGCCAAGUGUUUUUGAAAGUGCUUCUGUUCUGUAAAGAUUUUUGGAUCAUGUUCCAUUUUGCAUUGGAAAACCUAGUGCACUCCAUUCUGACUAUAAAGCUCUCUAUUGUACACAACUGCCUCGGCACCUUUCUUAUGUACACAGCUUAACCAUUGCAACACUUGCUUGAACUCAGGAGACUGCGUGACCGUCCAGGACAGUUGCACAAGAGGCUAGUGCUCUCAAACCUUCCUGAUGACUUAGCAGCUGUUUCCUUAAAGGGACCCUGUCAGGGGCAAACCACAGCUUAAAAAAAAAAUUCCUUGUUUGUUUAGUAAACACCGGAAGAAGAUUGUUCAAGUUGAAAACUUUAAAUAAUCUGAAUUCUUCUCCCUUCUAUGGUUUGUUUAAGUAUUACAUUUGUGUCACGUGGGCCAAUAACAAUAGUCAUUGGUUUUGUUUCUGUUUAUAGUUACUUCCUAGCUGGUUUCACUUUCCAGCUAGCACAAGGCUGCACCAUCUCUGUAAAUCUCAUCAAAACAUUC